GGCUUUAAGUUGGUGGAAAGUUUUUGGGUGAGAUUGACAUUAUUAGUUACCCACAUUCGAUUUGUAGCUGUUUAAGGCAUUAAACAUGUCUUGUGUGAUUGACUACAUAUAGAAUAAAGGGAAAUUGUGUCUGUUUUGUGUUGUUGUUGUUUUUUUCUUUUUUGCUGUUAAGUCAUUCACCAAUGUGAGACGUGAGAUGUGGUCCUUGUUAAAUUUUAAUAAGGAAUGAGGAAAUAACUGCCUACAUCUGCAAUGCACAUAAAAACCUUUUAACAAUAGUAAGGAUUUUGCAGCUUAAUGAAAUUUCGCACGCUUUAUGUUAUCUCAUUAGACUGGUUCCACAAUCUGUCUCGCCUUCCUGCUACAGAAUGAAAGCCUUGUGGGAGGGAAUAGCAAUGUUUAUUGGUCUCUGGUGCUCAUGUUUUGAACUGGGCCAACCACAUACUAAGCAACACACCACUGUCUAAUCAGAUGGUAGGAUGCCACUAUAAACUGCGUCUAAGUUGUGCCUUUAAGGCCAGACAGUUUCCUGUGGAUUUUGGCUUGGAUCACUGAAACAGGAAUCAUGAAGAUCGCCGCUUUCAACAUUCAGAGAUUUGGACAGAGAAAAUUAUCAGACCCUGAUGUCGUGAAAACACUUAUUAGGAUAGUGUCACGCUAUGACAUAGUUGUCAUCCUGGAGGUGGUGGAAAAGAAGGGAAAAGCAAUUGACAGAUUUCUAGAAGAGCUAAAUGAGGCCAACCCAGAGAACCCUUACAGCAUGAAGCUCAGUGUACGUCUGGGGAGGACCACAUACAAGGAGCAGUUUCUGUUCCUUUACAGGGGUGCUGUGGUGAACGUGAUCGGCACUUAUCAGUAUGAGGACAAUCAAUCUGGAGAUAAGGAUGCCUUUGAGAGAGAACCUUAUAUCCUUCGUUUCUCUUGUCCUAAAACAGUGAUGAAGGAUCUGGUUCUGGUGCCUGUCCACACUAAGCCUGAAGACUCGGAGAAAGAGUUGGAUGAGCUGUAUGAUGUAGUCCUGGUUGUGAGAGAGAAAUGGAAAACAGAUCAUAUCAUGAUCUUGGGUGACUUCAAUGCGGAUGGCAGUUAUGUGUCUAAAAAAGAGAUGAAGGCAAUCCGUAUCUACGAAGAUGAAGACUUCCACUGGCUGAUUAGAGAUAAAGUGGACACCACUACGAGCACAAAGAAUGACCACACUUACGACAGGAUAGUGGUGUACGGACAGAAUACGCUUGAUGCCAUUGUCCCGAACUCUGCCAGAGCGUUUAACUUCCAACAGGAAUAUGGACUGACUGAAGCUGAUGCACGUAAAGUGAGUGAUCACUAUCCAGUGGAGGUGGAACUGAAAUUAAGCAACGGCGACGGUCAAAGCUCUGCCACAUGCAGGAAAUAGAUGACAGCAGGAGAAAGAAAACACUGGCAGAAGACCCGGAAAAAGAAAACCAUUUUUUCUGAAAAUAA